AUGUUUUUCUCCAAGCUUGCUAUUGCCGCUGUUCUGGCUCUGACGAACUCGGUUGCCGCACAAGUCAUUGUUACUGUUACAAAUACAAUCACAGUCGUGACGGUGACGGUAACCCCACUAUCAACUUCUACGAAAACCACUUUUGUUACUGUUUCUGCACCUCCUCCAACGCAACAACCAACAAUAACAUCAACAUCGGUGGUGGUCGUCACAGUGGGUCCACCAGCCACGACCGCAGUUACUACCUGCCCUAUUCCACUGUAUUAUCAGUGUGGAGGUCAAGGAUGGAAUGGAUGUACAUAUUGCACUGCCGGAGCGAGCUGCGUUUCUUCGAAUCCGUACUACUUCCAGUGCCAAAACAGCUCAGGGCCCAAAGUGGUCACUAUCACAUCUACGAUAUAUCGGGGCUGAAGUUAAAAUUAAUAACAAUGUCGGCGGCCUGUCUUGCAUAUUUCAAUUCCGAAGGCCUGCUGAGGUAUUGGAUCCGAUACUUUUGGGGAGCGCGAUGGCUUGGGGGAUGAAAAGGCUCAGGAGUAAUUUGACCUUGGGACCACAGCACAUUUAUAUUUUGUCUCUUCGCAUAGAUGGAAUACGAGGUUAAUUUUUCUACUGAAC